AGCGCGGGAAGAUGGCGCUCCGUGCCCGGCCCCCGCCGCGCCCCGCAGCGCCCCGGGCCCGCGCCCCGAGCGCCCGCUGAGCGCCCCGCGGCUGUGCCCAUGGACACCCCCGAGCUGAGCCCGCUGAUCCGGGAUGUGUACGCGGCCGCCGGCCGUGUCCAGCCGGCAGCGGGCCCGGCGCGGAGGGGCAGCGGCUGCCGGGAGCUGACGGUCAGGCUGAGCGAGGGGCAGUACGUGCUGUGCCGCUGGACAGACGGGCUCUACUACCUCGGCAAGAUCAAGAGGGUGAGCGGCUCCAAGCAGAGCUGCCUGGUCACGUUUGAGGAUAACUCCAAGUACUGGGUCCUCUGGAAGGACAUCCAGCAUGCCGGCGUCCCGGGGGAGGAGCCCAAGUGCAGCAUCUGCCUGGGGAAGAAAUCGGGCCCCAGGAACGAAAUCCUCAUCUGCGGGAAGUGCGGGCUGGGUUAUCACCAGCAGUGCCACAUCCCGGUGGCGAGCGGCGGCGAGGGCCCGCUGGGCACGCCGUGGUUCUGCCGCCGCUGCAUUUUCGCCCUGGCCGUGCGGAAAGGGGGUGCCCUGAAGAAAGGAGCCAUUGCCAGGACGCUGCAAGCCGUGAAGAUGGUGCUGUCCUACAACCCCGAGCUGCUGGAGUGGGACUCCCCGCACCGCACCAACCAGCAGCAGUGCUACUGCUACUGCGGGGGGCCCGGAGAGUGGUACCUGAAGAUGCUGCAGUGCUACCGCUGCCGGCAGUGGUUCCACGAAGCCUGCACCCAGUGCCUCAGCGACCCCAUGAUGUUCGGAGACCGGUUCUAUGUGUUUUUCUGCUCUGUGUGCAACCAGGGACCGGAGUACAUCAAGCGCCUGCCCCUGAGAUGGGUGGACAUCGUCCACCUCGCCCUCUACAACCUGGGUGUGCAGAGCAAGAAGAAGUACUUCGAUUUCGAGGAGAUCCUGGCCUUUGUGAACCACCACUGGGACCCUCUGCAGCUCGGGAAGCUCACGGGGACCCCCAUCUCGGAGCGCGGCCCCCACCUCCUCAACGCCCUCAACAGCUACAAAAGCAGGUUUCUGUGCGGGAAGGAGAUUAAAAAGAAGAAAUGCAUCUUCCGCCUGCGGAUCCGCGUCCCCCCGACGCCCCCCAGCAAGGUGCUGCCGGAGAAAGCCCCCGGCGAGGGCGAGAGCGGCUCCUGCGAGCUGAAGAAGAGGGGGAAAAGCAAACACGCCCAUAAGGAGGGCCUCCUGCCGCGGCAGCUCCAGCAGCAGAAGCGGCGAGCGCGGCGCAAGAGGGCCAAGUUCCUGCUGGAGGAUGCCAUUCCCAGCAGCGACUUCACCUCGGCCUGGAGCACCAACCACCACCUGGCCAGCAUCUUCGACUUCACGCUGGACGAGAUCCAGAGCCUGAGAAGUGCCAGCUCAGGACAGACUUUCCUGUCGGACCUGGACUCCACAGAUGCCACCAGCACCUCGGGCUCGGCCACCACGAGCCUCUCCUACGAGUCCAGGACCGUGGGCAGCCGCAAGCGCAAACUGGCGGUGCCAGCCUACGCCUCGGGGGGCAAGAGGAGAGGAGGGGCCGAGCUGGGCGGGCGCCCGGCCGCCACCACCCCCGAGGGCACCGCCACCACCCCCGAGGGCAGCGAGGCGGCGGCCGGCCCCGAGCGCGCCGACGACGGCAUCGACAGCCACACCUUCGAGAGCAUCAGCGAGGACGACUCCUCGCUGUCCCACCUCAAGUCCUCCAUCAGCAGCUACUUCGGGGCCGCGGGCCGGCUGGUGUGCGGGGAGAAGUACCAGGUGCUGGCGCGGAGGGUGACGCUGGACGGGAAGGUGCAGUACCUGGUGGAGUGGGAAGGCACCACCCCAUACUGAGCCCCGCCAGCCCCGAAACCUCUCCCGGAGCCGACGCGGAGGAGAUGGGGGCCGCUGGGGAAGCCCGUGAGGCACGGGAGAGGUGCCGGUCCCUCCUCCCGGGUGGAGGCAGCGCCCAGGCCGGCAGGGUUGCCCAGGAAUGAAACCCGAAGCC